AUGUCUUCUUUUGUUCCGGCACCUCCGUCGUUCAAUGAUCAAUCUCACAUAGAUCCAUCUUCCACGAAUACUUCAAUCUUCAAUACUGACUCGCUCACACCUUUUGAAAUCGGUCUUUUGAUGAACCCACCCUACAUCCUUAAUGUCGACCUUGACAUUCUUCUCAAUCCUACGUACUAUCAACGCGAAAACUGUCUAAAUUCGUUUGUCCUUUUUCGCAAAAAUUUCUCAAGCGGACUACGCUCACAAUUCCCUAAUAAAUCAUAUACCAUUCACGAGAUCUCAGAGAUUGCCAAUGAUCAAUGGAACAUGCAACCCGACGCGAACCAAUCAGGGAAGGAGGAAUGGGAAAUUCUUGAAUAA